AGUUACAAUUGUUUAAUUGUUUCAAAUAAGUGUAAAAAUCUAAACCAUGUUAAAAAAAAUCAAAAUCUGUAUCACUCGUUGUAACAUUUAACAAUCGAUUGCAUAUUCUAUCUGUGAAUAUAAGGAUGGUAAACAUUUGAAGAAAACAAUUGUCUCAGUGAGAAGAUAAAAUAGAUUAUUUUCAAGAAUAUGGAAACGCAGGAGGAUUGUUCGAUUCGAAGAGGACAAUUGGUACAACGUUAUCCAAAUGAUUACAAGAAUGAUGGACAUACUCCACUUUCAAUGAUGAUGAGUCAAGCGCAGUAUAUGAACACUGGAAGAGCCACAGUGCGUAUCGCAGUUUAUCUAAUGACCGGAGUAUUCAUAACAAUGGAUGUCGAACAAAAUGCAACAGCGCAACAAAUAUUAACUAUAGUACAAACAGAAGCAGAAUUAGGAUUAGCAAGAGCUCCACCUUUGAUCGGACAGCCAGUAUUCGCUUUAUGGCUGUGCUCAUCGCAAUUAGAAAUUCAAUUGAGACCAAAUCACAAGCCAAUAGAAUUAGCUGCAAGAUGGAACCGUUUAGUUAACAAAUAUGGUUCAUCGAGAGACGAAACUGACGAGGAACCUAUAUUAUACUUUCGUAGGAAUGUGUUUCUCUCUAGAUAUGACGAAGAACAAAUAAAGGAAGCUAAAGUGUUAGAAUUAUUGUAUGCCGAAGCAAGACAUAAUGUAUUGCAAGGUAGAUAUCCAUGCGAAGGUCAAGCACGAUAUGCAAGUUUAGGAGCUUUACAAGCACGUAUCGAAAUAGGCCCUUAUAACUCACAAACGCAUACAUUGGCAUUUUUUAGAAGACACCGAGGAAGAUUUUUACCUCAUCAUUACACCUCACCGAGUCUUCUAUUAGGAUUAGGAUUUGGAUUAGGUUUGGUUGGAGGUAAAGGAGCACCAGAAGCAAGACUUCUAGAACAAUAUAAAAGAAUACCUAAUCAUAAUGGGACCAAUACAAAUCCACGAAAACUUAUUAGGAAGUAUCUUGAAUUCUGUUGGGGUUUACCCUGUUACGGUGCUGCAUUCUUUCAAGGACAAAUUGAACGUCCAGUAAGAGGACUCACAUCUUGGAUUACCAAUCGUGAUUUACAAGUUCUCAUUGCCAUUAACACUUCUGGAGUAUACAUCGUCGAUGAUAUGCAAUGUAGUCUUCUAUUGGGAUUGAAGUACUCGGAGUUGAGUUGGGAAAUGGCUAAACCUUCCAAUGAAAGAAACCCUGAUUGUUUACCAUGUUUGUUUUUACAAUUUCCUGUUAGAGAAAAUGGUGCACGUGUUUAUAAAAUUCUACAAGUAUUCUCGAGACAAGCAAUAAUGAUGGACACUUUAAUUUCUGGUUUCGCCGAAGAGAAUCGCAAUCACAGUUCUCACAACGAUGGUACAAAUAACGAACGUCAAUCGGAUCAUUCUACGACUACUUAUACUGGUACUUUUACAAAUAAACUCAGCAAAUUUACAUUGGCAACGUUCGACGACGAAGGUAGAUGCAUCGGACAAAUGGGGUCUUGGUCGUUCCAUUAAUUUUCACUUUGAACACAUAAUAAGUGCAACGAGUGAUACAUCAUUGUUUUUAUCUUAACAUUAUUAUUACUUGUUGAGAAUGGAAAGGCGCUCGUCUUGUUGUAAAAAUUCAACCAGCAUUUUGUAUCGUAAAGGAACUAAAUUCUUAUGACGAUCCAACUUCAUUUCCAACAAGUGGAGAUUAAAAUUGAUUUCGUU